AUGCCACCGUACUUUGGCCUGCGCGGGGCCACACUCAACCGGGCGAUUAUCUGGCUCGUCGUGUGCCCGGCCUUUCUAUGCUAUGGAUACAACCAGGGCGUCAUGGGCGGUCUCUUGACACUGGAAGCGUUCGCAAAGACAUUCCCGCAGAUGGACACGCUGACGACCGAGGGCGCGCAGCAGCACUAUAACUCUACUAUUCAGGGGACGGUCGUGGCUUUGUACACCGUCGGCGGCAUCUUCGGCUCCCUAUCGUGCAUCUAUCUGGGUGACCUCCUCGGCCGCCGGAAAGUGAUCUUCUUCACCUCUGCUGUGUCUAUAAUCGGUGCAAUCCUUAUGGCGAGCUCGUUCGGGCUCGCCCAGUUCAUUGUCGCCCGGCUGGUCCUCGGGGUCGGUACAGGAGGGUACGUGGCUACAGUGCCGGUCUGGCAAUCCGAGAUCUCGCAGGCGAAGAAGCGUGGAGCGCACGUCGUCACGGAUGGUAUCUUCAUCGGAGCCGGGAUAGCCAUCUCGCUGUGGAUCGACUUCGGGUUUUAUUUCGUCACUGGGAACUCGGUUUCCUGGCGUUUCCCGCUGGCGUUCCAGGUUGUGCUCUCUCUUAUAGUUAUGGGGUUUAUUACUGUCUUCCCUGAGUCUCCACGCUGGCUUGUUAAACAGGGCCGUCUUGAUGAUGCGAGAGAUAUUCUCGCAGCCCUAUCUGAUGUUCCCUCUGACGAUCCGUCAAUAACUCAGUCCUUGGCUGACAUCGAGCGCUCCCUCGCCCUCUCCGGCUGCGGCAAAUGGAGCGAUAUGCUCAAGAUGGGCUCGCAGCGUCUCUUCCACCGCACUGUGCUCGCAGCGUCAGGGCAGACAUUCCAGCAAAUGUGCGGAAUCAACCUGAUAACUUUCUACGCCACGACGAUCUUCGAACAAUACCUCCUCCUCAGCCCCCUGCAAUCCCGCAUCCUCGCCGCCUCAAUGGUUCUCACACAGCCCUUAGGCGGAUUCUUAGCCUUCUUCACCAUCGACCGUCUAGGCAGACGCCCACUGAUGCUGUACAGCGCCGCAGGAAUGUCCGCAUCAAUGGCCAUCCUGGCCGGCACAACCUCCCUAACAAACAACAACGCCGCCCUCGUCGUCGCCGUGAUUUUCCUCUUCGUAUUCGAAUUCAUCUUCACAGUCGGCUACUCAGGGCUCACAUUCCUCUACGCCACCGAAGUGGCACCACUCCAGCUCCGCGCCGCAAUCAGCGCCGUCUCCACAGCCGCUGUGUGGAUGUUUAAUUUCCUACUUGCGGAGGUGACCCCCGUCGGGUUUAACACGAUCUCGUAUCGGUAUUAUAUUAUCUUUGCCGUGCUGAAUGCGGCGAUUGUGCCGACGGUGUAUUUCUUUUUCCCGGAGACGAAUGGCCGCUCUUUGGAGGAGAUUGAUGAGAUAUUUUUGCGGAGUGAGAGUAUUUGGGAUCCGGUGAGGCUGGCUAGGACGUUGCCGAAGAUGUGUCUUGCGGAGGAUGUGGAUGUUGGCGAGGACGGGGUCGUGGUGAAGGGGGAUGGGGAUGGCGAUGUGAAGGAGGUGUGA